CAUCCAUUCCCUUCUCCAUUCCACUCAAUGCUGUUUUUCCCUUCCCUUCACUCUCAUAAUAUUAUUCUAACCUUUUGCCACUUAAUAAUACUAUAAACUUUCACCUUCUCUAUCAUCUCUUUAUCUUUUUCUCUCUUUCCUUUUGCAUCUCUCUCUUUCUCUCUCUCUCCCAAUUAGGGUUUCCUCUUUAAGGGUACAAUAACAGCUUCAAAAGGUACUUUCCUUUUAGUAAUUCUUCUAGUCAAAGAAAUCUACAUAUCUCAAACAGCUUAAGAAAGGAGAAAAAAUGGCAUCAUCAAGCUCAUACAAUUCACCAUGUGCAGCCUGCAAAUUCCUUCGUCGAAAAUGCAUGCCAGGUUGCAUCUUUGCACCUUACUUUCCACCAGAAGAGCCACAAAAAUUCGCAAACGUUCACAAGAUCUUCGGCGCAAGCAACGUGACUAAGAUCCUCAAUGAACUCCUCCCUCACCAGAGAGAAGAUGCAGUGAAUUCACUCGCUUAUGAAGCGGAAGCGCGCGUGAGGGAUCCAGUUUAUGGCUGUGUUGGUGCUAUCUCUUUCCUUCAGAGACAAAUUCAAAGGCUUCAAAAGGAACUUGAUUCGGCUAACGCUGAUCUUCUUCGCUUCGCUUACAAUGAUCUCUCUCCGAACUCGUCUCUCCCGCCUCUUCCUCCUCUUGUUGUUCAAUCUUCAUUUCAUCAUCAACCUCAGAGACAGUUCAGUUCGAGAUUCGGUAUUGGUAGUAAUAAUACUAAUGUUGAAGCAAGUGGUUUUUACUCUUUUCCUUAUGCUAUUCCAUGGAAUGAUAACAUUAACAACACUACUGAGGAUAUAAAUGGAGGUUUAGGAGCAAGAGGAGGAGUAGGAGGAGGUAAUAAUUUGUGAAUUCUGAAUUUCUAUGAAGCUAGGGUUUAUUUUUAUGUUAUGUUAUGUUGUGUUAUGGUAUGGGGUGGGUAUUAUAUAAGUCUAGUUUUCUUGCUAUGGCUGUGUAUGUAGCCAUAGUUGGAGUGUUGUGGCUAGGGCCUAGGUGUUUUGAUUCAAUAAUUUGAAGGCUUUUUUUGUAAUUGUAAUGUUGUGUAGUUGUUGAAGAGGAAGAGGAAGUGUAGCUUAAAAACCUAGCUAGUGAAUAAGUUGGUAUAUAGGGCAUGCAUGGAAGAAUGAUUAUUAAUGUAUGGCUAGAUAUCAACACUAGUUGUUUGUGUGUAUUGAUUGAUCAGUGAAAAAUGCAAACUCUAUAGGCAUGUGCACUAGAGUUGACA